GGCCCUGGAACCUUGAAUUGUCAGAAACAGUGAAGCAGAGCUGAAAGGGUAACAGGCAGGGGCAGAGCUUACAAGUAAUCGAGAGAACAUCAACCAGACGACCGCGAUGGCGUCAGAAGAACUUGCGCUGAAACUGCAACGUAGACUGGACGUGGAACAACUCUCAAUAUCCCAAACCAAAACGGCUGCAGCAGAUGUCCCCGCGAACACAGUGGAUGUAGAGUCACAGCGGGAGAGGACGGCUGUUGUUAAUGGUAACGCAACAGCCGAACUCACGGCAAAACUGAACCGUAGGCUGGACAUUUACAAUGGCACUGUGAAGCCAAAACAAAAAAAGGUUUUCAACCCAUAUACCGAGUUUAAAGAGUUCACCCGCAAGCAGAUGAAAGAUAUGGAGGAAAUGUUUAAAAGGUUUGACUCAGGUAAGGAUGGCUUCAUUGAUCUGAUGGAGCUGAAGAUGAUGAUGCAGAAGCUUGGAGCUCCUCAGACUCAUCUGGGCCUGAAAACCAUGAUCCGAGAGGUGGACAAGGACUAUGAUGGCAAGCUAAGUUACAGAGAGUUUUUGCUCAUUUUCCGGAGGGCAGCAGCAGGUGAGCUGCAGGAGAGCGGUCUGAUGGCUCUGGCUCGCCUUUCUGAGAUUAAUGUAUCAGAUGAGGGGGUGCAGAGUGCUUGUGAUUUCUUUGAAGCCAAGGCUCAGGUGCUCUCUGUGCGCAGUAAAUUUGAGGCAGAGCUUUGUGAGGAGCAAGAGGAAAAGAGGAGGGUGGAAGAAGAGAGGAAACAGCGGCACGUUGCAUUUAAGGAGCUGCAGUCUGCAUUCUGCUCCUAAACACACAAGCACACAUACGCUUCGAAGCAAACCCAUCACACUAUAAUUCUGUGACACAAAAAUUUGGCCAUAAACAUAAAUACACCACAAGGCUAAACAAAAGAUGCUUUCAAGAAGUAGAGUCUCUAAUCCUGCAUGCAUGCGCACACAUAUACACAGCAUAAAGGAUAGAAAAAAGUGUACAUGUUCUGAUAUAAGGGGACACAGAUAAAAUGGGCGACUAUAUCACACUACAUAGACUAUAUGCUGAACCUUGUAUCUUGUACUCAUGAAAGCUGAAGCACAAAUGUCCACUGAAAAAUGUCACUGUAACUAGCUAAAACCACCCACAGAUAUAGCUUUAUCUAUGUUUACCAUUUACAUUAUGUUUAAAAAUAAUAGUAAUAAUAAACAAGUAUACAAUCAAAAAGAAUUUAAAUAUGUUAUAUUGUACAUUUAAGGAAUAUGUAAAGUUGGAUUUGUGGGUACUUAUAACCAAUAAUAUGAUAGAAUCAUUGUAAUAUCGUAGGUUUAAAGUCUUGCUUUAGUUUGUUUAUAAGAUUUAAAUCACAAAUGUCAUUUAAUACUAUUUGAAUUUGUGGGUUCCAUUUUGACUUUUCAUGUUUAAAUAUUAGACCAGCAAUGUUUUAGAAUUUUAUUUAAUGAAAUCAAUUA